AUGGCAACAAACCCUAACGAAACCUCUGACGAGCCCCCCAAGCCAAUCCACGAUGCAGCAGCGUUCAUCCUCGUUGUCCUGCACGACUUCUGCGGGGAAAGCCCCUGGCGUCCGCACGCCGACAUGGAGGAGAUCGUCCGCCGCAUCGAAGAGGUCGCCGUGGAGGGCUGGCAUGCAGAUUUCCGGCUGGCCACGCAGCCCGCCGCACGCCGCCUGGUCGGCCAAAUCCUGCCUCUACAGCUCCUCGCGAACCUCCGUCGUCUGGGCGCGGCGAUUUACAAUUGCGUGCUGCUCCUGCGACAGGUAAGACCGCUUUAUGGAUGGACGAGCCCUGCGGCCGCUUCCAUGCACGCACUGGGAGCUCGCUAUUCGUGGCACCGCUGUCAGCACGCCGUGCAGAACUUAAACUAUCCGGCGUUGUUGGCGGCCACGCGUCCGUAUCGCGUCUCUAUCCCGGCCCCUAUGCCGACAUUUGAAGCAGGGUUUGACUGGCUGCAUGAGCAGUUCUGUGGGAUGCUAUCGCAAGCGCGGGUUGCGAGCGGCCAGUUCCAACAGAUUGUGGAUCGGACACGCCAGGCGUGGUUCGAGGAGGCGGACAGGCAGUUCAAUCCGGAGGACCACGAGCGUUUUGCCGCUCAGUGCACGACCUGGAUCCAGGGGCGUCAGAUGUACUGGUCUCCGCCGCCGCUACAUGGGCUGAAUGAGCUCCAGCAGCGCUUGGUGCGCGAUAACCUGAAGCGCCGGAAUCGGAUCUUGUAUAUCCAGAGGCAGGAAAAGGCCGAAUACGGAGUCUACAAGCAGGAGCAACUGAUGGCUUUCCGCAUGGGGCGCGAUCUGCCACCGCCCCCUGGCGCACAUCAUGCGUACUGCUUCCCCUCCCCCAGAAGAACCACCACCACCACCGCCACCACCUCCCCUUGCGAUGACAUUAUGGAUCCAACCACAAAGGUCUUCUCCUGCCCCGUGUGUCUGGACGAUACCACCGAGUUAUCGACGCUCAACGGCGGAUGGACGGACCACGUUGAACAAGACCUCUGUCCGUACACUUGCUUGAUUCCCGAACGCACGAACCCCGACUGCCUCAAGGUCACCAGCGAGAGCCCAGUCGAACAUAUGCUGAGAUACCAUCAAGCCUUCAUUCCGUUCUACCGCUGUCCGAAAAUCAAUUCCAACCACUGUACCCCGCUCUGCCACGGGGCAAAUAGGUUCUACGACCCGAUCGAAUUUCGGGAGCAUCUGGACGAGCAAAUGCGCCACGUGGAGGAUCCAUCCCAGCGCGUGACGGUAGAAGACUGCAGGGUGCUGGGCGAAGAGGGUUUCGGGGGUUCUUGUCCGUUCUGCGCGGGGCCAGCAGAUGACGUUAGGCCUCGUGACCCCCGAUGGCUUCUCGAGCAUAUCAAGAUCGAGCAACAGUACUUUGCGCUGAUGGCUCUGCCCUGGGCGACGGAAGCCCUGAUGGAGGAUGGGGCCUUUGAGGACUGGUGUGCUUGGAUGUACCCUGAGCCUCUGUACCACAUCGGUGGAUGGCCUUGCUCUCGCAAAACCCUACGUACCUCUUGGAAAGUCGUUAUAAAAUGA